UCGUUUGUCCUAGGCAUGCUGACGAGCCCUGACAUUGGGCGAAACAGUCUAAAAAUGAUUUAUGCUAACGAAAUACAUUUAAGUUGUCAUUCUUUUUCUAUUUGAAGUGUUUAUGCUGAGCUGCGGCGUUUAUGAGAAUGUUUCGUUUCUGUUAUCAAGGUCUAAAACGUCUGCAUACGAGGUUUUUUUUUCUGUCCCCGUUUAAGCCUAUUUCAGGGUUCGCAAAGCCCGUUUUAGCGAAAGCUUCUGGGGCUCCGCCCCUGACCCCGCUUGGGGGGCUUACAGCGCCCCCCAAGACCCCCAGCUGUAUAUUCAAAUUUUCUUAGUAGGUCAUGAUGCUGCGCAUCAUGACCUACAAAGAAAAUUUGCUAGAUCCGCCCCUGGCCAGGAAUGAACAUCUUGUCGCUUAAAAUAACUAAAUUAACUAUUUUUGGCCAUAACUAACGUUCUAAAGUUUUAGCCGUAUUUUGACGUAUUUUUAGUUUAGUUUUAGACGUAUUUUUCAUAAGAAGUGAUCUGCAAGAAUUAAGGGUAAACCAGAUGAAUUAUAAAUUAGCUUAGCUCCCUGUGUUUUUAGCAAUUCCUUCAAACUCUCCUGCUGUUUCAAACUUGCAGCUCGACAAAUUUUUCCUAUGUUUUACAAGUUUGAAAGCUUACAAUAAACAAAAAUCAAAACAAUAAAAUUUGUGUGCCACCAAACAGAAAUGUUUAUGAUUAAGCCAGUCACGCUUGAGUAACAAUAGUAAUUUAAAACAUGGUUUUACUCGCUAACAUUGUGGGAAUGAUAUAGAUUUUAAAAGAUGUGCAUACCUCAUGCACGCUGCGACCUUUAGUAGAAAGCCUUAUAUUAAACUACAAUAAGAAGUAAAAGUCUUCAAUUUGUAAAGUAACAGCAAUACGCACAGUACAAGAAUUUAUAUGUUUACAUGGGAAUUAAAUUUAUCGUUGCUCCUUUUAGUCUAUAGGAUGGCGCUAGAUGGUAAAAUAAAGCAAAGUUCGAAUUGUAAUUCGCGAUGUGUGUAGCACAGCCGUGUGCCGAUAUUUAUUUCUCAUGCAUUUAGUCAAAACUUUUGCAUCAGGAGCGUUAGUAUUGCUUUCAUUAUUAUGGUUAGCUAUACAACAGCUUUUGCUUCCAAACGAAUUUGUCCGACGGUUAUUUGUCAGCCCAAGGGUUGGCAAUGUCGAUUUCUUGCAAUUGAAAAGAGACUGGUGUCGGGUUAGAAGUAAAAGAGUUGCUUGGCGGGAAAUGUUGGAGCCGUGCCAGGAAAAAGCAUUGUUUAUGACAGACACUAGAUAUACAACCAACCCGGCAUUGAGUCAUGUAUCGCAGAUCAUCGCCAAUCCCGCAGGUGAACAUACGCGUCUACGUAUUGACACAUACACCGGACAUGGCGUGUUAAAGUCAUUUGGUGGUGACUCGAUUCGUGUGUCAUUUCGUGGACCAGAUGUAGUGAGUGCUGCAGUGUUUGAUUUGCAGAACGGAAGCUAUGACGCAUUAGCUUUGUUAGUCACUCCUGGUGAAUAUAAAGUAGAAAUCAUUUUAGAUUAUUCUCAGUGCAAUGGAUUCAAGGACCCUCCCUCAGAAUGGUAUAUAAAAGCUCAUUGUUCUCGUAACAAGUAUAACGCUACAAUUCCACCGUAUGUAUCAGCCAACACAUUUGACUACAUCAAUAAAUACAUAUCACCUGGACUGAAGAUAAAUAUUACUCCACCUAGGUAUAACAUAAGAGAACUGCAAGAUAUCACUGCGAAUACAGAUUGUGGCUUUGCUUGUAAGUUAAUAUGGGACGGCCAUGGUGUGUGGUCCAAAGAUGGGAAAACAUGGCAGCCAUACGUUGAUUCGUUAAGAAGCAGUUCAUUUAAAACAAGACGAAAAGAAAAAUCAAACAACAAAGGCUUGUUGUGGAUUUAUGGAGACUCAAUUAGUUAUUAUUUUUAUCAUCGACUGCGGAUGAGAAGAAUAUGUAGAAAGAUUUUUAAUCACUGUAAAAACACAUAUAACUGGAUAUAUCCAAAAAGGUUUUAUGAAAUCCGCCAUUUUUGUGAAGACGUUGAUGUAAGCGUAUCAAAACUUCGACAAUAUUUUAGAGAAAUGUUAAAUAAUGAAGAUAUGAAUGAGAACAGUGUGUUGAUUUUUAAUUUGGGUGCUCAUUUUGUAAAAAACACGUCAUUUCGCAAAUAUCGUGCCAUAUUAGAUGCUCUUAUUGAAGAGCUGCAAACAUACCGUGGUAAAGCGAUAUGGAAAAGCACAACUGCCAUACACCAUCAAAAUAUAGAAGUGAUGGGAGCAUUUAGAAGAUUUCUCACUAAUCAGAGAGUACUUCUGUUCAAUGCGUACGCAAACGCAGCUAUUUGUAAUGCUGAGAUUCAACUCCUUGAUGUUAACCCUCUCAGUGCAUCGUAUCCCGCAGGUACAAAAGAUGGUGUCCACUACCACGCUAACGUCUCUCUACCAAUGGAAAUUAUGCUGGAAGAAUUUUUUAGCUGAGAGCGUAAAAUCAAUUGUAAUUUACAAUAAGAAAAUAUCCUUCGAUACACCGAAAUACAUUGGGUAAUAUAAAAUUCUCCUUGGCUUGGUUUAUAUAAUAUGAAAAUCCGUUUUCCAAUAUAUAGGCAUCAUCAAUUAUAGUAGGUCACAGACAGUGUCGAGAACUUCAGUAUUUCUAGUCUCUAAUGGGGAAACAAUGGAUAAACAUAAUUUGGCAAGCAUUAGUGACGAUGACAAUAAUUAAAUUUCUACCUAACUAAUAUUUAAUAUGUAUAAUAUUGCUAAAGAUCGCAACACGUAAUAUUUUAUAAUUAAUUUUGAUAAUAUUAAAGUAUUGACAACUAAAAA